AUGGUUUUUUUGUGUUUUUUGCACUUGGCCACUGCGCCAACGGGUGGGGGGGGGGGGGGGGGGGGGGCCGAGGGGGGGGGGGGGGGGGGGGUGUGGGGGGGGGGAUUGCGUAUCCUGUAUGGGUGCCUCCAUGCUGAGGCUGGUGUUGCCAAUACAUUCCCGUGGAUCGCCUUCUCUGAGCCGAAGAGUUAUGCACCGUACCUGUACGCUGAUAUAAAUAAAGGGGGGGGGGAGGGGGUUGGGCGAGGUAUUAGAGGGGGGGGGGGGUGGGUUUGGGGGUGGGGGGGGGGGGGGGGGCGGGUGCGUGCUGGGGUGGAGAAUCAGGAUAGGGGAAGGGGGGGGGGGGGGGGGGCGGGGGGGGGGGGGGGGGGGGGGGGGGGACCCGGGGGGAAGGGUAGGGGGGGUUUAGGACGGGUGUAA